UGUCAAACCUGAAAUACACAGGAAAAAUAAUCGAAAAAUGGUCGAGUGAAGUCACUAUAAAAAUUAUUAUUAUUAUUUAAUAACAAAAUUUCUAUAUAAUUUAUAAUCGGGGCAAUAAAGUUUAGAUCAUUAGGAAAAUGUCAUUAGCAAAGACCCCACUAUUACGUAUCGGACAGCAAGACUUGAAGUGUCGCAAAGGCUGUGGAUUUUAUGGAAAUGCCCAAUUCGAUGGACUAUGCUCGAAGUGUUUCAGGGAACGUAACGACAAAAGAAAAAGACAAAUUGGUUUAACCACUUCAAAAAUCGAUCCUGCCCUACCAAAGUCACAACCGGGACGACUUUCUCCCAAAAACAUUCUCAAUCAAGCACAGCAGCUGUCACCUUCACGGCAUGCCAGUAACCAAAGCAGCGAUCAGGGAACAUUGAAGAAAAAGUUUUCCGUCUUUCCAAAGUCCUUCCCUACACCUAAAUUACAAAGUAGAGAAGAACAACGGCCAUAUGUGCCUGAUCCAACAGAAAGCCAGUUUAUACUACAGCUCAAACAACUGAGAAUACCCGACGAUGCCAAACGAAAGUUAAAAAAUGACAUCCAACGUCUCGACAACGCAAUUCGAUCCUACAUGAACACCAGCAAUAAGAACAUCGACGAGUUAUCUGAGAUUGUUCAAAAUGCCUACACAAAGCUCGGUGAAGUCGUCAAUACGGACUCACGUUUUGCAAUAACAACAAGUGAAGAACGUGAGGCGACUAUUGAUUUCUUUGAGAAAGUUGUAAUGACCCAGAAUCACAAAUUUUUAUUUUCACCUUAUUUUACUUCGGACGAAGAGAAUGAUGCCCAAAUUCAGAAACGCAUCCGACAAUUGAGUUGGAUAACUGCAAAGCAUUUAGUUUGCAGCAUUGACGAGGUAAAUGCUGAAUCGAGGGAACUUGUUUACAACGCAAUAACUGAACUAGUCGGAAUAGACUCUUACUAUUCACCACAGGAAAAACUCGAAUGCACGGUGCGCUGUUGUCGACACAUAUUUGCCCUAUUAAAACAUGCAUCAGGUGGUCCAGCAAGUGCUGAUGAAUUUUUACCUGCUUUGAUUUUUGUCGUUCUCAAAGCAAAUCCAGUACGAUUACAUAGUAAUAUAAACUUUAUAACACGUUUUAGUAAUGCCUCGAGGCUGAUGAGUGGUGAAGGUGGUUAUUACUUUACCAAUCUUUGUUGUGCAAUUUCAUUUAUUGAAAAACUAAAUGCAGAAAGUUUAGAAAUGUCCAUUGAUGAUUUCAAUUCGCUGAUGUCUGGUGAAAAGGCGUAUAGCACACCGUGGGAAAGUGCUUUGUUGGCGUGUGAGAGUCUGCAUCUUAUAUCGGAGAAUAUGAAACGAAUGGAAUUGCUAAAGAAAAGGAAUUCCAAUAUUCUCAAUGGAAUCACAAACCUUUCAAAGGAGAUGAAUGAUUUUAAGAAUGAUGUGAUUCAAAAAGUUGAAGCUACAUUAAGUCGCGCUCCAUUAACUGUUUUACCCAUAAAGACACCAACUUUCCUAAUUAGCCAAAUUCGCUCCCACAACAACAACAGUGCAGAUUUGAGUUCAACAUCUAAUAAAGUCGAAUCCGAACCGUCUGGACAUUUUCAAACAAAUAUCCUUGCGUCAAUUGACAAUGACCAAUCUGCAGCCAUAUUUAAAAAUAAACUAAUCCCAGUUUCAAUUGUUCCGAUGACAAACGAUAAUUUAGUGGAUUUAACAAAAGAAGACGACAAUGCAAUUCCUAUUAUGUCAACGUUAGCUCUCAAAGAUACAACCAAAGAUCGACUGUCACCAGGGACGGCAGCGACUGCUGGUUCAUCUAUGUUAUCCAACAAUACCACAGAUUUGUUAUUCGCCUCACCUAUUUUCAACUACACGCCUUUUGAUACUGCGUCUUUGGAUGGUGUUGAAACCCCCGACGAUUUGCUAACUACCACCACAUCGGAGUUUAAAGGAGGCCUAACAAAUAUCAACUAUGACUUUGAUUUAUCGGAUCUAAGCGGAGAGAAUAGUGUUGCCGAAGAAACUAAAUUCGAUUUGGAAGAAUUCGAUCCACUUAUGAAAAAAGACAACGACCUAGUUCAAACCUCCUCCGCCGCCGUCGUCGACAAUUUGACUGGAAGUACAGACCAGGGUAUCAGCAUACCCAAUAAAGACUCAGAAUCAAAGCAGCCAAAGAGUUUGCUCGAAAGUGAUUCUCCGCCCAAUGGAGUUCAUUUACCCUCACCAAUCAAACCAACUACUGUAACCGAUUAUAAGGGAUUUUCUAAUAUUAAUAUUCCGUCGAUAUCGUGCAACACAGGAGAUUUUAGUUCUAUAAAUAAUUCCAAUAAAUCUGAGGAUGUGUUGACAAGUGGUCGGGGACGUGGCGGUAGUGGUGGGGGCUAAAUUAAAAUUUGUUACAACAAAAUAAGUGGGAAAGAAUUGUUUCUGUGUUAUUUUUACUUAGAAUUACAUAAAUUAAAAAAUUGUUUUCUUUUUUCUCUGUCGAAAUUAAAAUAUUUAUCCUGAAAUGAAUUCAAAAUAAAGCUGUUUCAACUGCUGCAAAAAUGUUU